CCGCAUGCGCUGUGUGCGCCGUCUAAACCGCUCCGCCCGCAUGCGCUGUGUGCGCCGUCUAAACCGCUCCGCCCGCGCAGCGGGAUACUAGCGGUGGGGAGGCAGCCCGGCGGCGGUUGCCCCGGGUAAUGCAUGAUUGACAGGCCCCCUCCCUCCCCACGGUCGCCGAUGGGCACCGCGCGUAGUUGCCGGACCGGGCUGGCGCACGUGUCGGCCCCGUCGAGAGGCCGGAGCCCGCAGGCGGAGAACGCGCGGAGCCACACGUGGCGGGCAGCUCUCUCCCCGCUGAACACGGGCUCUAGUCGCCGCCGUUCCCGCGGCUGCCUUGUCCAGCGCAUGGGAAAUCCGGUGAGUAAAGGUGCCAUGUUCUGCUUGCAUCGCUGCACACACAGAGUUCUUCCCAGCCUCUCAAGAGGGCUGUCUGUCUGGCGACAAGGUUGCACUGCGGUGGAGGUGGCGUGCCAGUGGCCGGCUGGGCAGCCAAAGUGGCAGGACGUCCGGUGGGGGCGGCCAGGAUCCGUAGCCCCUCUGAGCACUGCGACUCCCCUUGGUUUCUGCAGCGGUAGCAGGAGUUCCAGAGCAGAGGCUGACCCUUUCUCCCCGGUAGUGACAGUGACUGAGAUUCGGCAGUACCUCCGGGCCAAGGGCAUCCCCUUCAACGACGGCUACAGCUGCCUCCACAUCCCCAGCCCAUUUGUGGGAAAGGCACUGGACUCGGCUGGGGUGGAGAAGGAGUCCUUCUCCCUGUUCAUCGACAAGACCACAGGGCAGUUCCUGUGCAAGAGCACUCUGCUGGAGGGCAGCUGGGAAGAAUUCCAGGACUGCCUAGAGGUAAUGCAGAAGGAGGGGUUGGACAGCCUGGACCCAGAUGUCCUGCUGAGGGUGCCGGAGAACGAUCGGGAGCUCUGUGCCCAGGAGAUGGACCUGAGGGAGAUGCAGGAGAUCUGGACCAAAGCCGAGAACUUCCCCGACAUGGAGGAGGAGGAGGAAGUCCUGUUGGUCAAAACCAUGUUUGGCAUCUCCAAAGUCAGCAUGCAGACGCUGAAGAAACUGGGUGUGAAGUACUUCAGGCCAGCCAAGAGCCUGGUGUUUCCCUGGUUCAGCUGGAGGGACUUGAGACUGAGGGGGGUGAAGCUGCUCUCGGCCAAGCAGGACGGCCAGAAGGUGCACUACAUCGCCACCACCCUGCCUAAGCCAAGUGAUUACAAUAACCUCUUCGGGCUCCACCUGCUGACCAGGAAGGACACUACCCUUGUCCUGACUGGAAGUGAGACUGACUGCCUGGCCGUGGUGUCUGCCACGGGAAAGCCCUGCGUCUCCUUGCCCCGGGGCGUCAGCUGCCUGCCCCCGGCCCUUCUCCCCUACCUGGAGCAGUUCCGGAAGGUGGUUCUGUGGCUGGGCGGUGACCUCCUGGCCUGGGAGGCCUCCAAGAUCUUCGCGCGCAAGCUGGGCGUGAAACGCUGCUGGUUGGUGCGACCUGGUGAGGGCCAGCCCUGCCCUCUCGAGGCCCUGGCCGCCGGCAUCAACCUGGACGAGAUCGUGAAGGGGGCCGUCUCCGCCAGCCACAAAUCCAUUGUCUCCUUCCGGCAGCUGCGGGACGACGUGUUCGGGGAGCUGGCCAACACCGAACAGAUCUCCGGCGUCAAGUGGCAGCGGUUCCCCGACCUCAACAAGAUCCUCAAGGGUCAUCGCAAAGGGGAGCUGACGGUGUUCACAGGUCCAACGGGCAGCGGGAAGACCACCCUGAUCAGCGAGUAUGCCCUGGACCUCUGCAUCCAAGGGGUGAGCACCCUGUGGGGAAGCUUCGAGAUCAGCAAUGUCCGGCUGGCCAAGAUCAUGCUGACUCAGUUUGCGAUGCAGCGCCUGGACGAUCAGCUGGACAGCUACGACGAGUGGGCUGACAAGUUCGAGAACCUGCAUCUGUUCUUCAUGACGUUCCAUGGGCAGCAGAGCAUCAAGUCAGUCAUCAACACUAUGCAGCAUGCAGUAUACAUGUAUGACAUCAGCCAUGUCGUUAUAGAUAAUCUACAGUUCAUGAUGGGGCAGGAAUACCAUUCUGCUGACAAGUUUCAUGCACAGGAUUACAGUAUUGGAAUGUUCCGGAAGUUCGCCACGGACAACAGCUGCCACGUGACUCUGGUCAUCCACCCAAGGAAGCAAGAAGAUGAAAAGGAGUUGCAGACAGCUUCCAUCUUUGGGACGGCCAAGGCCAGCCAGGAGGCUGACAAUGUGCUCAUCCUUCAGGACAAGAAGUUGGUAACAGGCCAAGGGAAGCGUUACUUGCAAGUAGUGAAGAACCGCUUCGACGGAGACCUGGGAGUCUUCCCACUGGAGUUUAAGAAGGCCUCGAUGACUUUCUCUGCCGUCAAGAGCAAAAGCAAGAGCAAGAGCAAGCUGAAGAAGCAGAAAGAGGAGGAGGAGGAGGAGGAGGAGGGGGGUGGCACCACUGCCACAAAGAAGCUUGCCAAAUCCGCCAAGCCCCGAGAGAAGUCUUUGUCUCCCGAGGAGCAGUGAAC